UUACAAUGUCUUCACAAAUACUUCCAGCUGAAACAGACUUUUCUCCAGUAGGAUCACCUCCCGAAUCUCAUUCUUCCUCUCGUUCUCAAGUAUGCUCUCAUAUAACCUUACCUUCGCUUUCCUCAACUCAACUUUCAUAUCCUUGCACACUUCCACUAGAAUUCCAUCGUCACAUUUUCGAAGAAUUGUUAUCUGAAGAUGGUUUACUUAUAUUAAGCCGUGGUUUGGGCUUGCGUAGAAUAAUAUGUGCACUACUAAAAAUUUAUUCUGAUAAAGAAUCUUUAGUAAUAUUACUGAAUGCUAAUGGACACGAGUUAAACUUUAUUAAAGAGGAACUUGCUGAAUGUGGUGUCAAGAAACCCGGACUUCGCGUUGUUAAUAAUGAAACUAAUUCUAAAGAAAGAUCAGAAUUAUACGUUUCUGGUGGUAUAUUAUCUAUAACUUCAAGAAUACUUAUAAUUGAUCUUUUACAAAAACGUAUACCAACUUAUCUAAUUACUGGAAUUUUAGUUAUGCACGCUGAAAGGGUGAAUGAAACUUCAACAGAAGCAUUCAUCUUGAGAAUAUUUAAAGAAGAGAAUAAGGAAGGGUUUAUUAAAGCAUUUUCAGAUUCUCCUGAGUCAUUUAUUUCAUCAGGAUUAUCACCUUUGCAAACUGCUCUUCAAUUACUUCAAUUACGUAAAGUUUUUUUAUAUCCGAGAUUUCAUGUGAUGAUAAGGGAUUGCUUAGAACAGCGUAAAGCGGAUGUAACAGAAUUGUAUCAACCUUUAAGCCCAUCAAUGGACGAAAUUCAACAGGCUAUUACCGAAUGUAUUGAAGCUUGCUUAAGUGAAAUAAAAAAGGGGAAUGGAAAUUGGUUAAACGUUGAUGAUUUAUCAGUAGAAAAUUCAUUUUUUAGAUCAUUCGAUGUAUUAAUAAAACAACAACUAGAACCUGUCUGGCAUCGUGUCAGCUCAAAAACUAAGUUGAUAGUUAAUGAUUUAACUACUCUAAGAAAGUUACUUGAGUAUUUGGUUAGUUAUGAUUGCGUAUCAUUUAAUAGUUUUUUAGAAACCAUUAUUACAAGUCAAACUCCUACUUCUGCUUUAUCACAACAACAACAAUCUCCUUGGUUAUCUUUGGAUGCUGGAAAUACGAUUUUUAGUGUAGCGAAAAGACGUGUAUUCGUUCGUACAUCGACUACAAUUCCUACAGAUAAUACUCAAAAAAAUUCUUACCCGACAUCAAAAUUACCUCCGGGUAUACAACCUGUAUUAGAAGAACUUCCAAAAUGGAAUUUAUUGGCAGAAAUAUUACAAGAGAUCGAAUCAGAUAUAACAAGUCACGCUACUGAAACUUCAAGAACUUCUUCCGAAGGAGAAGAUUUAAGUCAUUUAAACAAUACUAUAUUGAUAAUGAUGGAAAAUGAAAGGGAAUGUUCACAACUAAGGGAGUAUUUAUCAACUAUGCAUAUUGCUGAAAGACAAGGAUUGGAUAAAGGUAGUAUUAUGUUAGGGAGAUUACUAAAAAAUUAUUUUAAAUGGAAAAGUGGAAUGAGUAAAGUGAGUAAAAAUUUGUUUAACGAAAAUGGUAAAGAAAGAAGUAAGGAAGUAAAUAGUAAUAGUGAGAGAGAUGAACCACCAAAAAGAGGAACGUUUCAACGUGGGCAACAACCGCCUAAUAAGAGAAGACGCAUACGUGGUGGAUCAAAUACUGCCGCUUCUGUUGUCCCUACGAGGAAAUCUAAGGCUAAGCUCCUUGAGGAAGAAGCUCAAGAAAUAGCGAAUUUUAUAAAUUCGAAUCAAACUAUAUUACCUGAAGUAUCAACAGCAGUUACUUUUUCUACAAACACUUCAUUAAAUAAUAGUUCAUCAACUUCUUGUUAUGACGAUGAAUUUGAUGUGGAAGCGUUUUCUACUUAUUUUGGAUUGUUGGACUUGAGAGAUUUAAUUAUUAUUAGACCUAUUAGUGGUGAAGAAGAUGAUAGAGUAUUACAGUCUAUUAAACCCAAAUAUAUUAUUAUUUAUCAUCCUGACCAAGCUUUUGUUAGAAGAGUUGAAGUAUAUCGAACUUUCUAUCCUGAUUUACCAUGUAAAGUGUUUUUUAUGAUGUAUGAAAAUUCUAUCGAAGAGCAAAAAUAUUUAAGUGUGAUACGUAAAGAAAAAGAUGCUUUUGAAAAAUUAAUUAGAGAAAAAAGUAUCAUGGCUAUUCCUUUGGGAAGACCUUUAAGAGUAAUUAACAAUCAAUAUGAAUCCUUGAAUAUUAAUACACGUAUAGCAGGUGGUAGAAUUACACAACAAAUUAAAGAACCAAAGAUUAUAAUAGAUGUAAGAGAAUUUCGUAGUUCAUUACCAUCAUUAUUACAUCAAUCAGGAAUCGAAAUAUUGCCAUGUACAUUAACGAUAGGUGAUUAUAUAUUAUCACCUAAUUUAUGUGUUGAACGUAAAUCUAUUUCUGAUUUAAUUGGAAGCUUUAAUUCAGGAAGAUUGUAUACACAGUGUGAAGCUAUGUCUAUACAUUAUAAACAGCCUAUCUUGUUAAUUGAAUUUGAUAGAAAUCAAUCGUUUACAUUACAGUCUAUAAAUGAAUUUAGACCGGACAUAGGUAUGAAUGAUAUAUCGUCAAAAUUAGUGUUAUUAACAAUAACAUUUCCAAGACUUAAAAUUAUUUGGUCAAGUAACCCUAUUGCUACCGUCGAAAUAUUUCAAGAUCUUAAAAAAUUAGAAGAAGAGCCCGAUUUAGAAACAGCUCAAAUGAUUGGAUUAGAUGAUGGUGAAAUUGAUGAUAGUUUAAUUACCAACAAUGCGAUUGAAAGUGACUAUAACUUAAUUCCACAGGAAUUUUUAAGAUCAUUACCUGGAGUUACAUCGAAAAAUUAUAAAUAUAUAAUGUCAAAAGUGGAAAAUUUAAAGGAAUUAAGCCAGUUGUCUAAAAAUGAAUUACAAAACAUGGUUGGUAAUGAUAAUGGAAAUAAAUUAUUCGAAUUUUUUAAUAGAGAUGUUAAAGAGGAAAAAUAAGAAUAGUAAGAACAAAAGAAAUAGGAUAAAUAGAUAAUAAUUCAUAUGACCUUCCUAAAUUCUGUAUGAGCUUUUGCAUUUGCGAAUUGAAAUGACUUUUUAUUAUAUCAUAAUUUCGAAUUUUAUGUAUUGUGUGUGUAUCAAUGCUAAGAUUUUGAUUGUAAAAGUUGCAUACUAUUAUUACUAAUAACCAUAUUAAUUAAUUAAUUAUGUACAAAGAAAAAGUAUAAAAAUAAAUACUUUAUUUUAUAAUUAUUAAAAAAAUUAUUAAUCAACGUUAUUUCUAAUAUCAUAC